AUGUCUUCUUUACUUCGCCUUCGUUAUUUAAUUCUUAGUACAACUGUUGGUGGAAGUUAUGUAGUUCAUAAAAAAUACAAAGAAUUCCCUGAUAUAUCAUGGAUGAAAGAAUAUAUACCUGAACAAAAUAUUGAUAUACUAACAAAACAUUUAUCUGAUUUAAUUAAUUCCGUUUCACUUUCUAAUUCCACUAAUUUACAAGAUCGUAUUAGACAAUUACACGAAAGAUUCACUGAUUAUCUUUUAAUAACAGCAUCUUCAAGAUUAUUAUUUGCCGGUCCAUCAUUUGCAUUAGAUGAUUAUAAACAAAAACCUUCAAAAGAUCUUUUUACUUUGGCAAAAGCCUAUCAAAACACUUCGACAACAAAUGAUGAACGAGAAAAACUAAGCAAAGCUGCACAAUAUCAAGCACAUGGAAAUCAAGAGAAAGUUCAACAAGAAAUGAUGACUAUACAAAUAAAAUAUCAACGAGAAAUUGAUCGAUUAGAAAAAGAAUUACAAUCAUUAAAAAAACAACUCUUAUUAAAACAAGAUCGAAAUACAAGCGGAAAAAAACAACGAAAAAUUAAAAGAUCACUUAUUGAUAUGUACAGUGAAGUAUUAGAUGAAUUAAAUGAAUAUGAUACGAAUUAUAAUGUUCAAGAUCAUUUACCUCGAGUAAUUGUUAUUGGUGAUCAAAGUUCGGGUAAAACCAGUGUUCUUGAAAUGAUAACACAAGCACGAAUAUUUCCUCGAGGUGCUGGUGAAAUGAUGACACGUAGUCCAGUAAAAGUAACAUUAAGUGAAGGUCCUUAUCAUAUUGCAGUUUUUAAAGAUAAUGCGAAAGAAUAUGAUUUAACAAAAGAAGCAGAUUUAGCUGCAUUAAGAAAAGAAAUUGAACUUCGAAUGCGUGCAUCAGUCAAAGAAGGUCAAACAAUUAGUAAUGAAGUUAUUUCAUUAUCAGUCAAGGGUCCUGGUCUUCAACGUAUGGUAUUAGUUGAUCUACCUGGAAUUAUUAGUACCGAAACACUCGGUAUGGCAUCAGAUACAAAAAAUUCAAUUACUCGUUUAGCGAAUAGUUAUAUGUCAAAUCCGAAUGCUAUUAUUCUUUGUAUUCAAGAUGGAAGCGUUGAUGCCGAACGUAGUAAUGUAACAGAACUUGUUUCAAAAAUGGAUCCAUAUGGUAAAAGAACUAUUUUCGUUCUAACUAAAGUCGAUUUAGCCGAAGCUAAUCUACAUGAUACUGAUCGGAUCAAAAAAAUCCUCGAUGGGAAAUUAUUUCCAAUGAAAGCCUUAGGAUAUUUUGCAGUUGUUACUGGCAAAGGAAGUGCUGAUGAUCCAAUAGAAUCGAUUCAAAAAUAUGAAGAAGAAUUUUUUCGAAAGUCAAAAUUAUUUCGAGAUGGAGUUUUUAAAGCAACACAAACAACAACACGUAAUUUAAGUUUUGCUGUUAGCGAUUGUUUUUGGAAAAUGGUUAAAGAAAGUGUUGAACAACAAUCUGAUACAUUUAAAGCAACAAGAUUUAAUUUAGAAACUGAAUGGAAAAAUAGUUUUCCAAAAACACGGGAACAAGAUCGGGAUGAAUUAUUUGAAAAAGCUCGUGGUGAAAUACUUGAUGAAGUUGUUACUCUAAGUCAAAUACCUAGUCGACAAUGGGAAGAAAAUUUAUCAAAACAUCUCUGGUCAACAAUGUCGGAUUUUAUUUUUAAUGAUGUUUUUUCUACUGCUGCUCAAGCAGGAUCAAUCGGUGCUUUUAAUACAACAGUUGAUGUUAAAUUACAACAAUGGACAGAAAAAGAAUUACCACGACAAUGUAUUCAUAUUGGUCAUCUUGUAUUAUUAGAUGAAUUUCAAGGUUUAAUUGAGCGUGAUCAAAAAAGUCGUUCAUAUGAUCCAAUUACAAAUGAUUUAAAAAUGCAAGUUGUUCAAGCAUGUCGUUCAAGACAUGUAUGGGAUGCAAAAGCACUUGAUUCACUUAGAGUUAUUCAAACUCAAGCAUUACAAGAUCGUAAUGUACCUGAUAAACAACAAUGGGAAUCAGCUACAAAAUUUAUGGAAAAUGCUUUACGAAAAGAAUUAGAACGUGAAGAAGCAGAAUUAAUAUCAAAUACAAAUCAAAAUUCAUGGAAAAAAUAUAUUGGCCUUCAAAGAUCAACUAUCGAAGAAAAAUAUCGACAACAAUGUGCUAAAGAAUUAGAUAGAGUUUUAAUGAGCAGAAAACAACUAGAUCAAACAACGAAACAUAAUCUAACACUUCGUUCUACUCUUGAUCAAGAUGAAUUAACAACUGUAAAGAAAAAUCUUCAAUCACAAAAAAUUGAUGUAUCCAAUCAUUUUAUAAAUGAUACAUGGCAACGUGUAUAUAAAAUAUAUUUUCUUAAACAAAAUUUAACAACAUGUAUGGAUUGUCGUCGAUUUUUUUAUUAUUAUCAAAAAGGUUUUUCAGAUCAAGGUCUUGAUUGUCAUGAAGUUGUAUUUUUUUGGCGUUUAAAACGUAUGAUUGAAAUAACAAGUAAUGCAAUUAGACAACAAAUAUCAAAUAUUGAAACUCGACGACUUGAACGAGAAGUCAAGGAAAUUUUAGAUGAUUUUAGUGGUGAUGAAAAAUUAAAAGCAAAUUUACUCAAAGGAAAACGAGUUGAUUUAGCGGAGGAAUUAAAACGUGUUCGACAAGUUCAAGAAAAAUUAGAAGAAUUUAUUGGAGCAUUAAAUACAGAGAAAUAA